AUGGAUGGUAAACACAACCAUGAACCAGCUAAAUCACUAGUUGGCCACCCCUACGUUGGUCGACUAACAGAGGAAGAAAAGGGGCUUGUGGGCACCAUGACUAGUACUUGGACUCCACCGAGACAAAUACUAGCGGCAUUGAAGGAAAACAAUCCAGGUAACUUGACUACAAUCACUCAAGUUUACAGUUGCAACAAAUGGUUUAAAAAAGAGGAGAGGGGACCAUUGACAGAAAUGCAACAUUUGAUGAAGAAGUUGGUAGAAGCCAAGUAUGUUCACUUUGAAAGGCAACAAGCUGAUUCAAGUGAGAUUAGGGAUCUCUUUUUGGCUCAUCCUGAUGCGGUCAGACUCUUCAACACAUUCUCUCAUGUGGUCAUCAUGGAUUGCACGUACAAGACAAACAGAUAUCAGAUCCCCUUGCUUGAAAUGGUUGGUCUCACUUCUACGGGGUUGACUUUCUCCAUAGCAUUUUGCUACAUAGUUAGGGAGCACACAAUUGACUAUGUUUGGGCCUUGGAGUGCAUGAAGUCUCUUAUUGCCGAUGAUGCCAGAUUACCUCAAGUGAUUGGCUUUACUGAGUGCUUGAUGGAGAACUGGAAAUGCCUGAUAUAUGCUGAAACAGUGGAACAAUUUGAUGAGGAAUGGAAGGAAAUGUGUGUCAUGUGUAAGGACUUCCCAGAUUUCAUAUCCUACAUUUCUACUACAUGGUUAAAGCACAAGGAGAAAUUUGUGAGUGCGUGGACCAAUUCUGUGUUGCAUUUUGGAACAACAACGAGUAACAGGGCUGAAAGUGCACACUCAACCUUGAAGAGGAUGCUGAAAGACGGCAGAGGUGACUUGUGCGCCUCGUGGAAUGCAGUGGAUAGGUUGACCACUGUACGACACAAUGAAAUCAAGGCAUCAUUUGAGCGCAGUAUCAACCUUGUAGAACAUCGUUUCAAGUCGCCCAUGUAUACAAAUAUCAGGGGAUUUGUGUCCAGAAAGGCCAUGCAACUCAUGGAAGAUGAACAGAACAGAGUGAUGCGUGAUGGUUGUGGAUGCGCGUUCCAAGCUACCCAUGGGCUUCCUUGUGCGUGUGCACUUCAUAGUUAUGAUAGAAUUCCGUAUGAGGCAAUCCAUACUUUCUGGAAGAUACUUGGUUGGGACCAUGUACCCAUUGGGAGUCAAGCCUCAAACCAAGGAGACCUCAAGUCAGAGAUUGAUGGCUUGACCGCUUAUUUCAACACUUUGGAUGUUGCGGGUAGUCCGAAAACUAUAGUUCGGAACUACGGAGUCCGAAAUGUUUCGGAAGUUUCCUUUCCAUUUCCAUGUCAUAUACUUAAAUUUGGCACCCCCAAGUGUAAACAAUCUUCGACAUUAAGGUUUCCGAGACAUUUCGGAAUUAUAGGAUCCGAAAUGUUGUAA